UAUAUCUUUUAUCACUUCCCAGCCUAACCUGCUUUUUAUUUUCAUUAUUAAUAAAGGUCAUCUAUCAAUUCAAUAUGUGUAAUUGCAAUCACAUAAUGUUUAACGCCCGCGACAAACACGCAAAGCGCGACAGAAUGAGUGAGGGAGAAAAAGAGAAAGUAAAUGCCACAGUCAUUAGGCUGACACCCAGUCGGGCCCCUUCUCCCCCGCUCAUGCCCUUCUUCACCAUUGCCGUUUUCAUAGCUGGCAAAAAGUCAACAAAUUAAAUAUCUAACAAACUAGUUUGGGGGCGAGUCCUGCUAGCGCUGGUAGCUCCUAGCUACUAGCUGGUCUACUGGGUGUGCCCAGCAUGUGGCGCCCUCUUGUAACUAACCAUAUGCAUGUUGUCUCCUGUUGGGGUUACGGUCGCUACUUAUAAAGUCGCUCUCGCUGUCUCCCUUUGGCUAUCUGUUAGCUAGUAGUAUGCAAAAUUACUUUGUCCUGCUGUGGUGGCACGCGGCUAACGGUAUGCUUCAGUUUUAACAACCGCACCCAGUUCUGGUAAGGUGUCCAUUGUCCCCUACAUUGUUUAAGAAAUAUCUAGCAGUACUAUGAAGUAUGAAUUAGCAGCGCAUCUAAUGGGGUAUAUGGACUUGAGUUUUGUAUUCAAAUGAGCUGAAUGCGGUUUUUAUAGUAUAAAAUGAAAAUUUAUAUUCGAUUUUAAAACUGAAUAUUUAAUUUCCAAAUCAAGAAUUUGCACUAUUAGUUAUUAUUUAACACCUUAACGCUACACUUUCAAUAUACAGGGUGUGUCCAGUUCAAUUGUUAUUUUUCGAAAAAUGUUUUUAAAAUCGAAAAUGCUGUUAAACAGCAUAAUUCCAGUUGAAGUGGAAUAUUUCUAGGAUAUUUAAGAAUCUUUCAAUCACAUUCCGUACAGGGUGGGUCGCGAUUAGUCGCAGCCCAAAGGCUCGCUCAUUUGUUUGUAUACUUUUAGCACCCAGUUCAGUCAAAGAAAUAUUGAGUGUGGCUAAAUGAAAUGAACAGUUCGAAUUGGCCAGGCCACACAGCCAGACGUGAAAUUGCGGCUACUCCAAAUAUAAGGGAUCUAAGUAAAUAGAAAUCGAAUAUGGACGAUGAUACGGAUAUCUUUGAUAUAGAUCCCAAGGAAGCGUGGCUGGAAAAAAUUACCAUUGGCGGCUUUCGACGAUGGCACAUCAUAGCCGCUGUCCUGGGCAUACUAAUGAGUAUUAUGAUCAUGGUCUGUUGUUGCAUUCGAUUCCGUAUACCGCGCACCAAACAGGAAAUCGAAGCUGAUUAUCAACGCAAGCAAAUUACCAAAAAGUUUCGCGAGAAACUGCAACAGAUUAAAAACUCCGAAAUGGAUGAUAUGGAUCUGCAGAAAGUCUGUGCGCGUAUUCAGAGUGACUAUCUGAACCUGCAGGCCAGUGUGGAGAGCAUGAACGAGAAGCAGAAUGUUAAAUUUAAGAUCUGAUUUGUUAUACUAAACUGUUAUACUUAUCUAUAUAUAUAUAUACCAAUACAGUUAUAACAACACUAGU